AUGGGUUCCGCCGAGCGAUCAACCUUGCCCUCAGAUUUUGUCUGGGGGUUUGCAACAGCCGCCUAUCAGAUUGAAGGUGGUUUCGAUGAAGACGGCCGUGGCCCGUCGAUUUGGGAUACAUUCUGCAAGAUCCCAGGCAAAAUCGCGGGUGGCGGCUCGGGGGAGGUGGCUUGCGACUCGUAUCAUCGAACACACGAGGAUAUCGCCCUAUUGAAAGAAUGCGGUGCUUCCGCUUAUCGAUUCUCUCUAUCAUGGUCCCGCAUCAUUCCUCUUGGUGGCCGCAACGACCCGAUCAAUGAGAAGGGCUUGCAGUUCUAUACGAAGUUUGUCGAUGACUUGAUUGAGGCGGGAAUCACACCGAUGAUCACACUGUUCCAUUGGGAUCUCCCUGACGAGCUCGACAAGCGAUACGGUGGACUCCUGAACAAGGAAGAAUUCGUUGCCGACUUUGCACACUAUGCCAGAGUAGUCUUCGAAGCAUUCGGAUCCAAGGUCAAGUACUGGAUCACUUUCAACGAGCCCUGGUGCAGUAGUGUAUUGGGGUACAACACGGGAUCCUUUGCCCCAGGUCACACAAGCGAUCGUACCAAGAGCCCAGUGGGUGAUGGAUCGACAGAGCCAUGGAUUGUUGGCCAUAGUCUGCUCGUUGCGCAUGGAGCCGCAGUGAAGAUAUAUCGUGAUGAGUUCAAAGAACGGGACGGUGGUGAGAUUGGCAUCACACUCAACGGCGACUGGGCCGAACCAUGGGAUCCAGAAAACCCAGCGGACGUGGAAGCCUGUGAUCGGAAAAUCGAAUUUGCCAUCUCGUGGUUCGCAGACCCCAUAUACCAUGGAAAGUACCCGGAUAGCAUGAUCAAGCAACUGGGCUCUCGUCUGCCAUCUUGGAGUGCAGAGGACAUUGCGCUCGUGCAUGGUAGUAACGACUUCUACGGGAUGAACCAUUACUGCGCGAACUUCAUCCGUGCCAAGACAGGAGAGCCGGAGCUCGACGACAUCGCGGGGAACCUGGAACUUCUGCUUGAAGAUAAGAACGGUGUCAGUGUCGGCCCCCUCACACAGUCACCUUGGCUGCGACCUUCUGCUAUUGGAUUCCGCAAGCUGCUCAAGUGGCUCAGUGAGCGAUACGGAUACCCCAAGAUCUAUGUCACCGAGAAUGGAACCAGCUUGCUAGGCGAGAACGAUAUGGAGCUCGAUGAGUUGCUCAACGAUGAGUUCCGGGUGCAGUAUUUCCGGGACUAUAUUAACGCCAUGGCUGAUGCUUAUACAUUGGAUGGCGUCAACGUGCGGGCCUACAUGGCUUGGAGUCUUAUGGAUAACUUCGAAUGGGCCGAAGGCUACGAGACUCGGUUCGGUGUUACCUUCGUUGACUACGAGAACGGACAGAAGCGAAUCCCGAAAAAGAGUGCGAAGGAGAUUAGCCAGAUCUUCGACCGAUUGAUUGAGAAAGCUUGA